AUGAGCACAGAGAAACCCCCAGAAGAGGAACAACAGUCCAAUAAAACCGAUGGGCCUCGUAUUGUCAGACGUGGCAAACGUCGGAUAGACCCUCGUUACUCCACCAGGAACAAUGACAUGACGAUGCGCUCUUACCUCCCUCACCCAACCGUUUACGAUGCGGUACUGGGCAAGAUCACCAGUCGGCAGCAAAACCGGCCAUUUUCUCCCGAUGAGGUGCUUGUCCGCAAUCAAAUGAAAAAGUUCUCCAACCCCCAAUGGGAGGCCCCGAUUCCUUCACCGCAACUCCUCCAGAAAAUGCCGGAUUCAGGACUCCUUGAAGCAUUGCAUUAUUACGUUUCGGCAAAGUUCACCUUACCCGAGGACAAACUCCCGUCUUCUGGCCUGUAUCUUUUGAACUCUAUGGAUGAGACGGCGCUCAUUGCCUUGGGGAUCGUGGUGGAAGAAUGGAUGAAGGAACUCGUCAACGGUGGGCCUUAUUGUGAUGAGGACGAGCUCGAUGAAAUACGGGGGGUGGCAAGAAGGGCGGGGGCUGUAAAGCGAAAAGGCAAGAACAUUGGGCCGCAAGAUCGGUAUAUGAAUAUUCUCAAAGCAGGAGUAUGGGAACGUCGCGAUUUGUAUGCCAAUACUUUCCUCGAUUAUAUAGAUAACACUCAGUAUAUGAAAGACAAGAAGAAAGAGGAACUGAAUGACGAACCAGUGAUCAAUUUCGACAAUCCUUAUGCGGAAGAUGAUAUUUUUGAAGUUCCAGAAACAAAAACAGAGGACGAGGAGACAGGAGUGGAGAACAAGAAGAUGAAGAAAACAAAUAAGGAAAAGAAGAAGAGUAAUGUGAAGAAAGAGGACGACGAUUUUGAAGUCCCUGAAUACGUGGUGAGAAGAGAAGCGAGAGCAGCAGCAGCAGCAGCAUCAUCAUCAUCAAAAGCUAUGGGUAAGGUAUCGAUAAAGCAGGAACAUGAGGAAAUCGAUGUGAUGCUGGCGCCGCUAAAGAAAAAGCGAAAGAAGCUGAAAACCACUAAGAAAUUGAAAAAAUCAAAGAAAGCUGCUGGCGGGUUUUGA